AUGGACACUAUGGAAGCCCUACGGGAUUAUGCGAGGGACGUAUAUGAGACGGAGGCUCCCAGUGUAGACGGCUAUGUACCGGUCGAGCAAAGCAUCUCUGCAUUCCACGGAGUGCUGGAUGUCGAUGAAGAGGUACAAUUUUAUACGCAAAACUCGGCUUUCGGCGAGGGAAACACGGAAGAGCACAUUAAAAGCAUUAUAAUCAACCGUAUAACCAACAUCGCGAGGUACACUAACGGUGAUGAUAUCAGGCGCGCCAUGCGCCUCUUCGGAAAGGAGGACUGGGAGGACAGGGUUAUCAACACGAACUUGCCCAAUUUCGUACCAAACUACCACCAGAUCCUCGACGCCGCCACGAUGUGGGAAAGGAUCAAUUCGCCCCAACGCUUCGUCUUGCUCGCUAAUGAUUGUGGUGCCGGGAAGACGAUAGCUCUCUUUCUCCUUGUACACCUUUCUAUGAUUCAAGACUGGACGGGAAACGCGCCGAAAGGACCACCAUUGUUGCUGGUCCCACCAGCCAUCGAACUACAAGUCUUAACUGAAGGUGUAAAUUUCUUUAGGGGCCUAUUGGAUGUAAGGUUGGUCCGGGGUAACUCGAGGAGGAACAAUAGCACUCCUGCAAACCUCCAGGACCUGGUAAUCUCUCCAGAAGAGUUUGAGGCAGAGAUCUCCGUGUACAACCGUAUGGAGUCUAGGAAGCUAUUUAUCCUAAGCUUCUAUACGGCUACUAGUGUCAUGACCACAAGACGGCCUUUAGAAGAUGACGGCGACAACGACGACAACCAACCGCCGACGCCUACCCUGGGCCCAGGCGAGUUCACUGCUCGCAAGACUUACUAUACUGUCAGGGCACCGUUUAUGGCUACGUGCUUUUCGACGAUCCUUGUAGACGAGGCUCACGUUUGUAGGAAUCCGAAAAAUGUCAUAUCGAAGCUGAUCCAGACUCUGCCCUCCAGAAGUGUCGUCGCAGCUACAGCAACACCUUUGCAGAACAGAGUAAAAGAUAUCCUAGGAUACCUACAUCUUAUCUGGAAAGGCGAUGAUUUCCCGUCGGAUAAGGACUUCCUUGAGCUCUCGGAUGCUGAGUUCAAGGUAAGGUACCGGAACUAUGAUUGCCCGCGCAGUAUUCGGUAUAGUGUAGAUUACCGAGACUCCCGGGUCUUCGAGUCGCCGCAGCUGUGGCUCCUAAAUCCCCGACUACUGGAAAGGUACGGAUCUCUUUGUCGCUGGGAUAAUAGAGUGUGCGAGACUCUGCUCCCCGAGGUCCUUCGAGAGGUGCAACUUCGCCGGACAUUGAGGACACCUCUGAGGCUGCCCAACGGGGCCUUGGAGUGGCCAGCGGACAAUAUUCCGCCGCUUUCAGUCUCAACAGAAGAGCUCUGUUUUCCAAAUGGCUGGGAAGAGCGAGUAAUUGCUCUCACUAACAAGCUCAUCCCGCGAUUUGGAAAAUGGGGCCCUCAAGAUAGCGAGGGAUCUGAAAGCCGCGAGGGGACGGACGUAGUCCCUAUGGAUCCAACCAUCAGUGCCCAAACGCAGCCGAGAGCAAUACCCAGAGACGUAUUGAGUCGGUUUCGUCUCGCCCAACGCAUCAAUUUCGAUGCGCGGCAGGCGGAUGUCUCCGCCGACAGCAUCACGUCGCCGAUUGCUGGGUCAGACGCUGCCGUUGCUGACCGGAUCCGGGAAAUGCUCUGCGGCUCGCCCAUAUUGGCACGGGUUUUCGUCGCUUGCCUCGACCACUCGGUAGCUGGGGAAAAAGCCGUCUUUCUCGUAGACUCCCCUUACACUCUAGACGCGGUCAAAUCCUUGAUAUCACUGUCCGGCUGGGAUGCAGAGACCAUCGAAGCGAAGCACUCAGCAUCGCAGAGGGUGGCUAUCCUACGCCGUUUCAACGACCCGCAUUCGGGAUGUCAGUUCAUAGUGACGUCGUUCCGGAUCGGAGGGCAGGGUCUAAAUAUGCACCGCGGUGCUGCGCACGGGUACAUAUUGACACUACCUUUUAACUACAGUACCAUUCAGCAAGGGAUCGGCCGUCUAGCCCGUAUCGGCCAACGCCGGCCCGUAAAGUGGACGAUCUUGGUAGUCCGCAACGGGUACUCGAUGUAUCGGGAGUCCGCCAUGACCCACAAGCUGGUCAGUGAAUAUGACACGAGGAUAAACCUUGGUCGUAUUUGCAAUUUUGUCAAAGGGGAGUCUCGCCAGCUCCUCAUUUACGAAGCCGUUCGAGUCGCGUUUGGCCAGACGACGAACAAGUACCUCUGGGGGAUCCUCGAGCCACGGGAAAUAGGGAGUUUCUCUCGCGGUAGUAUGGUAUGGCUCGCGCAGGUGUAUUCACGAGUGGCGCAUCUAUUGUUGCAUAGAUGUAGGCACUGGACUCCCUCGGAAAGAGAGGGGGUCGAGUGGAUGAUCCCGCGCGUGCCAUACUAUAUCAUGCCCGAGCUCUACCCGGAGGCGCCUGGCUCGGAUCUCGACAGACUCGAACGGUUCAUCAUGAAUGAGUGGGGUAAAGAACGGACAAGACGGCAGGCUGAGGAAAUGGAGAGUGAAGGCAGCGAAGCUUCUGAUUGGGAGGAGUGGGAAGAGUCGGAGGAUGAGGAUGGGGAUGAUGGAGAGGACGGUGUGGGAGUUGCGGACGAUGUUGAUGACAUCGCGAUAUGA